AUGGUGAUGCUGGUGGUACUACCAAUGGCAGCACUGGCGGCAAGAGUGGUGGUGGUGGUGGCGGCGGUGGUGGUGGUGGUGACAUUCAUGGCAGCAGCAGUUGCAGCAGCAAGGACUCCAAGGCAUGUGCGCGCUGCCCCUGCCCCACGUUGCAGUGGACUUCCGCCUGCCUCCCGCCAUAUCCCCCUCUCUCUCCCCCCUUCCUCUCCCCAUUCCUCUCCCCCUCUCUUUCCCCGCUUCCCCUGUCUGCAGCAAGGCAUGUGCGCGCUGCCCCUGCCCCACGUGGCAGUGGAUUUUCGCCUGCCCCCCGCUAUUCCCCUCUCUGUGGAUAUGGAGGAGCGGGACGAUGGGACCCUACCAGCUGCAAACCAGCAGCUGAAGCCGCGAUACAUACACAUCAACUCGAUCGCAUACCCCACCACCCCUUCACCAUCCCAAACGUCCCAGCCCCCCUCCUACACCCAUUCUCCCACCCCCCCACUCCCCACCCUCGCUCUCCCCUCCCCACCCCCCCCCUCCUCCCCCGCUCUUCCGUCAUCCCCCCAUGCAAUAAACCGCGCCUCCACCGCACGCCAGACACAGCGCUGUGGGUGGGGAGCCAUGGCAGCAGAGCCCAUCAAGGCGGGCGAGUUCAUCGUUGAAUACGCCGGUGAAGGUGGGUUGAGGGGGGUGAAGAUGGGUCAAGAGCUGGUAAAGGCAUCUAAGAACCUUCCUGUUCUUCCUCCUCCCACAGUGAUUGACGAUGCGAUGUGUGAGGCACGAUUAUGGGCCAUGCGGGCAGGGGGAGCGACGGAUUUCUACAUGUGUGAAGUGAGCCGCGACGUGGUCAUUGAUGCCACCUUCCGUGGGGGGCACGGCCGCUUCGUCAACCACAGCUGCGCUCCCAACGCCGAGCUGCAGAAGUGGCUAGUGGAGGGGCAUGUGCGGGUGGGCAUUUUCGCCAUCAAGGACAUUGCAGUGGGCACAGAAGUGGCGUAUGAUUACAGUGCUUUUGAGUCGACACUGAAAUGCAUUCCCCCUUGA